CUGUUCUUUUAAUGAAGGAGCUCUUUCCGGUUGUCUCAGCUGUUUGUUAGUAGUGCUUUUGGCCUCUAAAGCAACAGAGGCUUUGAAGAUACCAUGAAGAAGAUGGCAUUGAGUGUAGGGAGUAUUUAAGCUCAAGAUUUUGGGUUGAGUGUUCAGGGGUGGUAAGGUGCUUUUGUAAUUUCCUUUAUUUUUGUUGUUUUUCUUAGGAACACUGCAACUUCUUGAAAUUCCAGAUUGUGUCAAGUGUGAAACGUCAAAUUUUUCAGCAGAUUCAUUGUGCCACAAAAGGAACCUGCACUGUGUUAGAGAUGAUGUCUGAGCUGGAGGCUUCUGAUAGGUGGUCUGCAGCAUUCAAACUGCUGGUCCAGUGUGACAGAGACCCUUGGGGAAAGAGGUCACGGUCAAACAGUUUCAGAUGGAAACUACCCCAGCAACAUGAUGCUUUUGGACCCUACGUCAGCAUGCAUCCUUCUGUUUUGUUUUGCCCCUUCUCCCCCAAGAAGGUGUGCCCUGCGACGACGGCGUCGGCCUCUGAGUGUGGCUGGAGCAGGCGGGCCGAGGACCCGGGCAUUCUUAGGAGCCACCAACUAAGAGAGUAUGGCCUACUGAGGGCAGGAACUUCCCAGAUGGUGAGGCGGCCGUCUUUUGUACCCGAGGCAGACGGAUUAAAUCCGUGGCAGAGUGCCCCAUACCAGGAAGUAAUGCUGGAUAUUGGCAGUCAAGGGCGAUGGAGCGAGGUGGUCCACUUGCAGGAUGUCCUGGCCCUGGAUGCUGGAGGGUGCAAGCCUAAGGUGCUGCUGCCGCCCUGGGCGUGCCAAGGGCCAGAGGCGAGCAGGUUUGUCCUGGCCACCUCCAGAGUCAGAUCAAGAUUUGAGGUACCGUGAGCAGGUGUGGAGCUGAAGCUUGGAGAGAGCAGCUGCCAAAGCGGACCGUGGGGAACAUGUUGACAUCUGAGGGCAGUUCCCACCCAUCUCUGUCAUCGGCCUUUGAGUCUCGACAUCAUCGUGGAUCUUUUUGCCCGAGGAGCUCGCCUUCGGAUCUGGCACGAUCGCCACGGUCUCCAUUUUACCUACUCGCUGGCGUAGCCGCCCGCGGGCAUCUUGGCCACUUGCUGGUUGGUCAAAGAGCCUGUUGGAGUGCUGGCCUGGAUUUGGGAAGAGCCAAGUAGCCUGGAGCAGUGAGGUUUUUCCUGUCAGAAAUCCAUGCUGGGGAUGUUUUCCCUGGCUGUCCAGGGGGAAGGAACAGCUCUGGAGUUUUUGCAGCCACAGGCUGGGGAUACAUCCCCUGAAAACCAGUUCAGGAUCGGUCAUCUGACUCUGUCCCUGACCUGUGGCUUCCAGGGAGCCUUCUGGUCUUCUGGAUAUUCCCAGGAGAGGAUAUUCCACCACCUGACUUUUAAGCCAGGAAUUCCAAACCCACACCGUUCCAGGGGAAAGCUGGUGAAAGGGUAAAGAUGCAGAGGAACAAGUGUUGUAAACCCCCCUGCCUCCUUGACAGAGCAAACCUUUCUGCAAUCCCAGUAAAUCUCUUGGAGAAACUGUGGGAUCAUAAGGUUUCCCAGGAAAGGAAAGUUAAGGACAGAGAUGAGGAAAUAGGCUUCCAAUUAAUAAUGAUUUGAUGGAGGAUGAGGAAGCCAGGCCUGCUGAGGAGGAAGAUGAGGAAGUGUGUGAGGAUGGAGACAGCGGCCACCAAAGGCUGGGGAAGGCACAGAUCCAGAUGCUGGAAUUGCCUCUGUGGAUGUGUGCUGAGCUCUCGCUGCAGGGGACUGUCAGGCCCAAAUGGCUUUGAGUUCACAUUCUUCUCACUGGGGAAUUGGAAAUAAUUAUUAAUUAAUUGCAAAAACA